CCCUUCUUUCCCUCCCCACCCCCUUAGGAAGUAAAGUAGUCCUCUCUUCCUUUUUCUCUUUUUUUUUCUUUAUUCUUCUGAUUUCCCCCUAUUCACCUUCCAUUCCUCUCCUCCCCCAAAAUUAAAACGAAUUUACACAAUUAGAACAAGAAAAUCUUAUUAGGAGAGGCUGGAAUCAUGAGCCCCUCCUGCCUCCUGGAACAGGGAGGACAAAUAUUCAUAUAAAUACAUGGAGGGUUCUAUUUUAUAAAAUAUAUUAUUUUUUAUUUUUAUGUUUUAAUGGACCGGAUAAUCUCCAAAUGCAACAGUGAAACCUACAGCUUUGCGGGGGAGGUAGCUGUAUCCGGUUGGGUGGCAGGCGUAUCCAAGGGGUACCAUGAAGUACUCAGGUCCCCUGGAGAGCCAGAGACUGUCCUUUCUUCUAGAAAGGGCAGUCUCUAGGGAAGCCCAGAUGUGGAAGGUGUACGUGCACAAGAUGCCAACCAACCAGGAUGCAGCUAUUUCUCCAGAACAGCGAGAUGAAGUAAUCCUUUGGCUGGCUGAGCUGAAGUGCCAGUUCCUUGUUUACCCAGAAACCCUUGCUCUGGCCAUCAGUCUUUUGGAUCGUUUCUUGGCUACAGUAAAGGCCCGUCCAAAAUACUUGCGGUGCAUUGCAAUUAGCUGCUUCUUCCUUGCGGCCAAAACCAUAGAGGAGGAUGAGCGGAUUCCUGUUCUCAGGACCUUGACACAGGACAGCUCUUGUGGCUGUUCUCCAUCUGAAGUCCUCAGGAUGGAGAGGAUCAUUCUGGACAAACUCAACUGGGACCUUCACACAGCUACGCCCCUGGAUUUCCUGCACAUUUUCCAUGCUAUGGCGUUAACUACCAACCCCGAGUUACUAGACAGGUUGCCAGAGAUGAAUCCAUCACUGCACGUGGCGCUGCUUACUAAACAACUUCUUCAGUGUAUGGCGUCUUAUGAGCUCCUGCAGUUCAAGGGUUCCAUGCUGGCGUUGGCUGUUCUCAGCCUAAACAUGGAAAUGCUGCUUCCUGAUUGGCUCGCACUUACCAUCAAGCUACUCCAGACUGCGCAGAUGGAUAGCUCCCAGCUGUUCCAUUGUCGGGAUGUUGCUGCACGACACCUUUCUCCUUUGCUGGCUCCCUUGCCUCCCAACGCUGUUUAUGUCUACUGUCCCCUCAAGCAGACCCUGGUAACCUGUAACAGAGGAGCGUUUCGAUUCCGCCCCUCCCCUUCAUCAGGCCCCGGAGUCAACCAGCAGGGCAAAAGCACACCAGGAGCUCGCAUCAAGGGAACAACUGUCCUAUACCAACGGCUUGCCGCUCCGACUGGCUGCAAGCAAGCCUCCGCCAAGCGAAAGGUGGAGGUAAUGGAAGUGGACGAGUUCUAUGAUGGGAUCAAGAGGCUAUACAACGAAGAUUGCACUGGGGAGGUUAUGGGCGUGGAGAUAGUGGGUUGUAGUGGUGGCCUAUCAAGACAAGAUGUCUCCAUAUCUCCAUGCCCACAAUUACAGGCUGUAUCUGUCAUGUAGCAUACAACUAUUUUGAUUGGCAAAACCAGGUGCCAUAUGAGAUUCCUUUUGAUAUCUUCAUGUGCUGAAGGUCACCUUUCAGUGCAGUGCAUUGCAGACCUCUCCAGCCCUGAAGGUGUUAAAACCGUAUUGUGUGCCAUGCACUAUGGGUUAAAGGCCAUGCCUCACUAGGUUGGAAUAGAGCAAUACAAAUCCUAACUGUUUUCUCAUGCUGCUAAACCCUAGCUCCAUUUUAUGUCAUUAAAAAAAUAAAUAAAAUAGAUGAAAACAACAAAAAACUAAAAUGUACAUAAAAAAAAUAUCAAAACGGCCAAAAACAGCAACAAAAAAAGGUAGAAAAAAUUGUUAAGUUCUAGUGUUGUCAGUUCUAUCGUUUUAUUUUGAUGUUUCUGCGGUAAGCUGUACUCUUUGAUAUUCCUUGUGCAAGGCUAUUAUAUUUUAGAUUUGUCUUUCGGUGUUCUUUCCAGUCUUUCUAGAUUCUGCAUAACUCUCUAUCUUACAUCUCUCUGCCUUUUCUGUUUGUACUGACCUUAAAUUAAAAACUAAAUGUUUUUUUAUUCUUCCUAAAUAAUCAAAGAACGUUCUCAUAAUAAUAAUAAUAAGGUAAUCUAUAUUGUUUCAUUCAUUUAAAACAAAUACUUUACUGUUUUGGUCUUAUGAAACUAUUACUUUAACCUUAUUUAAAAUCACUUCUCAAAAAUAUGGGUAGUAUUUGUUAAAUAUCUGAUCAUAACCUGUCCGCACUUUAUUGUACAAACAAGGAUUGUAGAAUUGGCUACAAUAAUGACAUGAUUUUAUAUAUGAAAAAUAAUAAAUCAUUUGAGCUGCAAAUCUGCAAUAACAAUGUCAUUUUGGGUUAACAAGCAUACCCAUAGUUUAAUAAAUAAUAUCCACUUUGGAAUUGUAACAAGUUAUUGCAAUAUAUUCAUGGGCUUUAACCAUUAGAAUCACUUGCAAAAAUCAUUAAAAUUAUACAAGUUUUUGGCCAUGAAAAAAGUUCUACCCAUGUUCACAUCUUUAAAUAAUACUGUUUUUUGAAGUUAGCAUUUAGCAGACACAUUGUUUAAGCAUGUGUGUUUAAUUUUCUGUAAACUUGUUACUAUGUUAAUGAUAUUCUGUAGAGCUCUUUGCACAGUCUGAGAAAGGCAUGGCCAAUGGAAUCUAUGCUCCCAUACAUAGUCCUGCUGGUUACAAUAAAAAGUUGCCCCAACAAAA